AUGGGAACUGCAGACAGCGGCCCUGGGAUGUGUACAUUUCAUAAGGAGCGAGGUCAUUACACUACACAAUGCAAACCAUUCAAAUGGUAUCUGGAAGAGCUUGCCGCGGCAGGGCAUCUUAAUCCAUGGAUUGACGUUCGAAGGAACCCGCUUCCCCCACCUCCACCGGUCAUAGGCAACAUCAUAGGCGUAAUACAGGGGCUUAUAUCCGAAGGAAAGACAGCCAAGCUCCGCUCUGAAAUCGAUAGAGCCAUUGUCGCUUUGUCUGUUUGUAAUAUCGGCACUUCGGCGAAGCGGAAAUGGGAAGAUCCGAGCCUCAACAGCCCUAUAACUUUUACGUCCGAAGACCUAAAAGGAGUCCAACUGUCUCAUAUGGAUGCCCUCGUUGUUACCAUUACUAUUGAUAAGUCAAUGGUUCAAAGGGUGUUGGUCGAUCAGAGAAGUUCGAUUGACGUAAUAUUCUAUUCGACCUUCAAGAACCUUAGACUUUCUCCCGUUCAACUUCGGAUAGCAACUACUCCGCUCGUUAGUUUUACAGGUGCCCCGGUUUGGCCGCUCGGCCUGAUCACUCUACCCGUGCGAGCCAGUUCACGAGUGAUAGAAGUAGAGUUUGUGGUGCUUUCCUCUCCUAGCCCCCACAACAUCAUACUUGGUCGUGCCUGGUUGCAUGGUGAUGUGAAAUUUUAA